ACGUGACCAGAACUACAAGCAAACAUGGCGGACGUAGAAGCAACGAAAUCUUUGAGCGGUUUGCUGAACGGAAUCGCUCAAAAAGUUUAUUAUGACAAUAAGGAGAUUACAGAGGAGCUGCUGAAGAAUGAGUUAUACCCCGAGAUGUCCCAGGAGGAGUUCAGGGCUUUGCACGAGAAGAUGAAAGGACUCUUAAAGGUAAUAAAACACCUCCAACCUGGAAGGAAAAGAGCAGUUUUCUGUCAGAUGAAUUGAAUUAACGUUACAUGUAAAAUAAUUAUUUUAUUUUCGGUUGCAGUUUCUUGACAUUGUAAUGUAGUCAAAGUGAAGCUGUUCUAUCUAUCUAUCUAUCUAUCUAUCUAUCUAUCUAUCUAUCUAUCUAUCUAUCUAUCUAUCUAUCUAUCUAUCUAUCGAAUGUCAACCCUGAUUUCAUCUGAAACUAUCAAACUAUUUAUAAUAUAGACAGCUAAAUAAUUGUAUACCUGCCUAAAAGGUGUAAGAGGCAAGAUCCACACAGAUCCACAAAAGGGAAGUUUCAGUGGAAGAAUAGACAGUUAUUGAGUUGUAUGAAAAUUCACUACCAGUCAAAAGCUUUAGAACACCCCAAUUUUUGCAGUUUUUUAUUGAAAUUCAAGCAGUUUAAUUCCAAUGAACGCUUAAAAGGGUAAAAAAGUAAGAGGUGAACUGCCAGGGGUAAAUAAAAAAGGUAAGGUUAACCAAAACUGAAAAAUUAUGUACAUUUAAGAAUUAUACAAAAAAAACUGUUUCAGGGAACAAGAAAUGGGUUUACAACUUAAAGCCAUUCUGCAGCAAUGGAGGUUGAUCAAGCCUUGAAUGCUGGUGCUACAACCCCCUCUUACUGCAGAGUAGUGUUGGAACACACUGUGGUACCAUACCGUUAUGAACAUUGCUUGAACAGUAGUGUACUGUAGAAAGUAGUGUGAUACAAUAAAAAUGGCAAGAAAAGGCAAUUAACGGUAGAAGAGAGACAGACCAUCAUAACACUGAAAAAUGUAGGUAUUUCCUACAGAGAUAUUGCCAAGAAAGUCAAGGUGUCAGUGAGUACAGUUUCCUUUACGAUCAAGUGGCACUCAGAAACUGGGGGAAAUGCUGACAGAAUAUUUGAUUUCCAUUGUAGGAAAAAAGCCACGAGUGUGUUCAGCUGUUAUAUCUGCCAAAGGUGGCAACUUUGAUGAGUCAAAAGUUUAGAAUAUAUUUUCGUUUCUAAAUUGAUUCUGUGAUUUCUUUUUACUUCAAUUGUUUAUUUGUUCUAUGCAUUAAUUUCAGAGUACACUAAGACAUUAAACUGCAGCAUUUUCAAUAAAAUUUUGGGAAAGUUGGGGUGUUCUAAAACUUUUGACCAGUAGAGUAUAUUAAACUACAAAAGAAUAAAAAUAAAAAUGCAUUACAUAAACCUUUUGAAAUCACAAAAUCCACAGCAAAAAUACAAGCAAACAACCAGUUAUGUUGAUAAGCAACUUUGAUAAAGAUUAAAAUGCUUUUCUCAGUUUUUUACUAAAUAAAGUAAUUAGUAAUUAAUUCAUAUCAAUGUAUAAGACAUUUAAAGAAAAGUUUAAAAUAAGUUAAAUAUCAGAAAUUAAAAAAUUGAAUAGCUGCAUGCGAAGGUAAAAAGUUUUUUAAAAAAGUGGGAGCAGAGUCUGUCGGGGAAAAUCUCAUGGGAUUUUUGUAUACCAGUUUGAGCCUCUGUUUGUUUUCAUUUAUUGGACUCUUCUGAUGUUUUUUUAUCAUUUGAGUCAAACACAGCAACAGUCUGGUAAAUGCUGAAAUAGAUUUCUCUGUCAGCAGGGGGCAGCACUAACACACACACACACACACACACACACACACACACACACACACACACACACACACACACACACACAAACACACACACACACACCUGUUCUCACUGUUUCUCCCCACCUUCAGCGCAGAAAAAGACUGAGCUGAAGAUGAGGAAUUUACAUCGCAUUUACACGAAGGAUUACCAGCACAGAAACUCUUUCUAUUGUUUUAGAUCAGUAGUUAACCAAACACAUUUCAGGAAAAACCUCCAAUAAGACAACAAGAAUAAAACGACAACCAACAACUUCAAAAAUGUUCAUAGCAUGUAGAGGUGCAAACAGUAAUCCAAUUCAGUCCAGCUUGAUUUGUACAAAACCUCUUCAUGAAUUUAAGUAUUCAGCAUCAAUGUGCUCCAAUAAGAAACAGAUAGAAAAUCACAGCAAUAGAUAAAAUAAGACAAGACUAAAACCACAAAAGAAGAGAAAAAUAACAAUUAAAAACAACAAGAAAGAUUAUUGUAAUAAGAAAAACUGAGAUGAAUUAAUUAUAAGGAUACAAAUGAAUCAAUAAAUAAAUAAAUGAACAAAUGGAUACAUUUAUAAAAUGAUCCUGUGGGAUUUUGAAAUGAAUGCACGUUAUUUAUCUAAUUUUGGUACUCAAAUAUAUCAAAUCUGCAACAUCACAUUUUACAGCUGCUUUUACAGGUACAUCUUCUGUACAGGGGUUUAAACAUCUUCCAAACACAAAGACAGCACACCAUCAAUAACGGGUGAAAAGUCUCUCUAAUGAAGACUGUCUUUUGGUACACUUUUAGAAGUUUGAGUGAUGUACAGUUAAAAGAGUCAUGCAACAAUGUGCAGCUUUUUCAGGGUGUAGCCCUUAGCUCAGUUAAUCCUUAAAGAAACACCAGAUCAUUCAAAAUUCUGAGAAAACCUGAGUAACACACAGUGAUGAAGAGCUGCAGAAUGUUACGAUGAUGGGUGUGUGUCAUGUGCAAAAACACCUAGAGCAGUGAGAAUUGUGUUAAAUGUUUGUUUUGAGGUAUAAACUGCUGCAUUUGACAUCACUGUUCUACUUAAACAUGCAGUAAAAUAGGUCCUUGACUCAACUGUAGCCCAGCAGAGAUCCUGGUCUCUGGUGCACCCUCUAAACUGACCCCUCUCCCUCUCUCACCUCUUAGUCUAUCGCCACAGCCGACAUGGACCACGCCCAGCUGGAGGCCUUCCUCACUGCACAGACCAAAAGGCAAGGCGGUGGCGGCGUGACCACUGAACAGGCUACUGCCCUCUCUCGCUUCUGGAAGAGUCAGAGGGUCCGGAUGAGGGAGAGCCUGCUGGCCCAGAGCCGCUGGGAACCCGGCCUCAGGGGUCUGUCCUGGAGGGUGGACCUCCAGACCGCAGCCAGCCGGGGGGACACGGCUCACAGCGGGCCUGUGGCUCUGAUGGAGCUUGAGCUGGGCAGAGCUGGACAGGUGAGACUAACCACAAGAUCCUGGUACUUUAGUGUUUGAGGAGUCAAAGCUGAUCCGGAGCCAUAAUGUUGCUUUGCUGAUUGGUUAUCCUGUGUUCAAUUACUUUUGUCUGGUUGCCGUUGGUUCCGCCGGUUUCGAGUCACUUGGGCACUGUGUUUGAAAGCCAGUAGGUUAUAUUAGUGGCUGCUUCACCUGCACUGGGGGUUGAGAGGGGAGUCUAGGUAGCCGCAACGGACAUCAAAUGAAAAAAACAGUCUGAAAUGGACCCUGGAUGUGUUUCUGUUCAGGGUCAGAGUCUGUGCAGUGAAGAUUAAACAGGUUUAUCAGUAUGCAAACCUCAUUUACUGAUUUACACCCUGACCUUAAGAGUCACGAUUAUGUAAAUACCAAAGCAUGAGGCUGACGUAAACUUUACUCUCUGCUCACUGCUGAUGCUCCACUGUCCUGCUGCAACAAACCAGACUCACUUCUUUAAAUGAACGAGAACAGCCCUGUGUGUCGUUUGGAUCCCAGUGAAAUAUCACAACACGCAUCAGUGUUUAGGAUAGAUUUCAGUGUGCAUGGAUGUCUGUCCUUGGCUAUGACCGGAUUUCUGCUCCAUCUAUGCAAGCUCUAGUCCCAUGAGGAGGCUAAAUUUAGCCAAUCUGGGUCUUAAGCUGAAAACUGUUUUAGAGCCAAUGGGAAAAACAAACAGAGGAGUGAGUGUUGUGGAACUCUUGACCCUAAAUUUCAAACAAAACCCCAGACAGGAAGGAAACCUCAAGUCAGGGUCUCAAAUCUGUGGCAGUCUUUCUGUUAUCAGCUGAGAGGGAGAGUUCCUGCUAUUCCAAAUGUAACCACAUCAGAGCUUUUCAGAGUAAGUGCAAAAUUUGGUGUUUGAGUUCAACCAUUUUAAUUCAAAGAAACCUGAAAGAUCCAGGCUUUAGAAAAAUCCCUAUUGACAUGGAUCAGUUGUUUGAGAGUAUGUGUUACUGCUCUGAAAAAGAAAGUAGGACCUGAAUGCUGUCAGGCUGUCACACCUGACACAACAUCACCUUUGAUUUUGACAGGAUGAAAGAAAACUAAACUGAACUUUAAUAUCUGUUUAGGAAAGACUGUAAAAAGGUGACUCCAUGACAACCAGAUUGUAAUAUGAAUGAAUGAACUGCACAGUCUCCCAAGUUGAUCAUGGUGAAGCCUGGAUAGAUUUAGCUCAUAACGAAGUCAAAGGUAGGACUCUGCUGCUUGUGAUGGCUUUAAAGAUGGAAAUAAACACUGAAACAACAAAAAACAAAAAGACAGAAUAGUAUAAAAGGCUUCACAGUGAAUCAUCAGGCCUUAUGAGAACAAAUCAGUAAUAAAGUAAAAUGAUCACAUAACUUUCUAACUAGGCCUGCACGAUAUAUCGUUUGAACAUCGUCAUCGCGAUGUACGUGUGUGCGAUAGUCACAUCGCAGAGCCUGCGAUAUUGGAGGUGAAUGAACUCAUUUAAUUUCAAGGGUAACUAACUGAGAUACACUGCAUGUGACUCUGCAUGUGCUUUGCAGCGAUCCACCAAUCACCUUCGUCCUUAACUCAGUUGCCAAUCAGACUCACUUCUCAGUUGCCAAUCAGACUACCCUGCCAGCUGUCAAUCAAAAUCAGGGAGGAGGAAACCCACCCCUGCACAUGUUCUGCACAUGGAGGGAGACUUGUGUCCGCUGAGAAUUACUUUCGGAACUUUACUCAUGACUAUUAAGCCCAACAAAUAAGAACUGUAUGGGUUUUAAAUUGUACAUUUCCGUGGACCACUCUACUAUAAGCGGUGCGCGUUUUGCGAGGUGCAUGCAAUUCUCGGAGGACAUGCGUUUCUCGGCACAACACCGCUAACAACAACAACAACGAUCGCAAAAUGAACAACGAACAAGCGAAAACCACCGAAAAAGAAGAUUUGUUGCCAAAAAGAAAAUGAAAGUCAGUUAUCUGGAAUUAUUUCGGUUAAAAGAAGGAUGAUGGCGACCAAAACACGUGUUCUGUGUUCAUCUGUCGCCACAAUAACGUCCCAGCACAAUAAAAGCUGAAAAUAUCUCUGAGACAGACAGAAGCCAUUCUAACAUUCACAAAAAGAGGUAAGAUCAGAGCAGAUUAACUGUCCUCAAGAUUUCAGCAGUGCAGCAUAAAAUUAAAUGCCAUUCAGGUCAUCUGGUGAAAAUUCCUGUAUUUUUAAUAUCGCAAUAUAUAUCGCAGGGUUGAAAAAAAUCGCAAUAUUAGUUUUUUCCAAUAUCGUGCAGCCUUAUUUCUAACCCUACGUGUCUGGAAAUAUUACAUUAAUAGGGUCCAGUCUUCCUCCUUGCAGGUUGAUAUUGAUAUGCUAUCCCAAAGUGUAUAGUCAAAGUAAUGAUCAAAUUUGGCUUAACUAUAAUGUGUUGAAAAAUGAAUCAAAGUGUUGUGGUUUUUUCAGCUACAUUAGGCACACAGUUAUGGCUGCCCAGAGUGUCUGCCUGACGGUUUUUCUUUGUGGCUUGGUUUUGGAUGUUGUCGGGUAAAUUAGCUGCAGAAAAAACUCAGCUGUAAACUCUGGGCUCUAUGGGGCAUCAACUCACUUUUGGGACAUGCUCUAGUGGAAGUUUGGGGAACUGCAUUUUCAGCGCUUGUGUGAGACGUGGUGUAGCAUAAUGUCAUUUUCAUGUCAGUUUAAUUUCCUUUUGCAUUAAUCUGUUUAUUGCAAACUUAUUUCCUGACUGUGCUGCUGAUAUUUGAUAGGUUGUCUCUUUAAUUUUUAUGUUUUUGACUGAGUUGAAGUUUGUAAUUCCUUUUCUGAGGAUAAAGGGGGGGAAAUGACAUUUCCUCAUUGGUUCAUAAAAUGCUAUGGAUACUAUGGACCCAGAUGUCCAAAACAUUAUCCGCUUAUCCAUGUGGACUGGUGUAUUUGAGAGUUUUUGUGUGUCACAUAGAUAUUUGAGCAUGCUGACCACCGUUAGACCUCCACUAUGAAGCCCAAUCCUGUGCAGGUCAGAGGUCGGCUUCAGUGUCUGUCCUGAUGUAGUUUUAAUCAGAGGGACUCAAACCAGCGGGCUCUCUGGAGGCUUUUCCAUCUGCAGUGUUCAUCCUGCUUGUCUCUAACCUGGUGUCUACAUUUUCUACUUUGGACAAAAGGUAAAAUAAAAAAAAAAAAAACAAUUAAAAUAGUAAGUCUGCAAUUUAUAAUUUGGAAAAUAUUAUUGGUUGGUUCCAUGCUUCUCUGGAGUCCAGUCCAAAUUGGCUAAUGUCUUAAGAAAAAUACAUUUUCCAAUUCAAUAUUAUGUCUAAGGUAAAUGCUCAGCAAACAGUUGAAACUGAGCACAACUUCAUAAAUGGUUCUGAGGGUUUACUGGGUUUAGCUAACAUUAGCAGAGCCAGCACCACUAGCUGUAAGUCCACCCAGUCCAUAAACACCAACAGCCUGGUGCUGGUAAUUCAUACCAAUAAUCAAGUGCUUUUUAUACCAGCUUAACCAGAAACAGUCUCCAGGCAGCUGUAUCUCCAUUUGCUUAUCCAAAAUACUGACAAAUGGCACCAAACUAGAAACUAUUAUCUGGCAACUGUCCUUGUUUACAUCUUAGACACAAUGGCAGUUGGGGUAGCUGUAGCUUAGGAGGUAAAGCAGUUGUCCAACAAUUGAAAGAGAUGGCAGUUCGAUUCCCAUCCUAUCCCUACUCUGUCUGUUGUGUCCUUGGGAAAGACAGUUAACCCACCUUGCUUCCAGAGUGCGUCCUCCACUGAAUGUGAGUGAUGUUUGGUGGUGGUCAGGGAAGCCAUAGACGUGGAUUGGCAGCCAUGUUUACGUCUAUGGCCUCAGAACAGCUGUGACUACUAAGGUAGUUUACCACCACCAGGGUGUGACUGUGUGAGUGAAUGAAUGAUGAAUCCAAUGUAAAGCGCUUUGAGGUCAUUGAUAAAAAGCGCUAUAAAAUCAGAUGCAUUAUUAUUAUUAUUAUUACUAUUAUUGCAACAUAUGAGCAGCACUUUUGGCCUACAAUAAAAACUAUAUAAAAAGUGAUGUAGUUAACAAGUAAACCUGGUGCCAAUGUUUAGCUGAGACGAAGGAAAAUUGAUCCACAGGAGCUAUGAAGGCUUCAAAGACUGCAGUCCCUGGAUUUGGACAAAGUUGAUGACACCAUAUUUCAGUCGAGUGCCAGAUGGUUAAUGUCUCUAAUGUGUCGGUAACCAUGAUUUAUAAAUUUUGCAUUAUAACUCUGACGUAGUUGAUGAAUAACUGCCUACUUUUGGCUCUCUUAGUUCUGGACUCUCACUGUGUCUCUCCUUUUUUUUGUCACCUGGAGCUGUAGUUGUGAGUGACAGUUGGCCUAAUUUAUGUGGCUUUACAGAUGGCGCCAUCUUCCAUUGUGUACAAAAAAUGUCAUUAAAAACUUUUAACCUCUAAUACCAGAUGUUCCACUUUUCAAAUGUACUCAGACUUCUUGCAACCACGUAUGAUUUGGUCAGUACAGUUUUGGAGGGUUCAGGAAUAGGAAGCUGCUCUCUCUCACCUCAGUGAGAAUUUGGGAUGUGUGUUGUCAUCAAUUUGCCCUCCAUUUAAAAACAGUAUCUACUUUCUCAGCAUGAGUUUUGAUACUGUGCUUAGAGCUAAAGUCUCUCCUCUGUCUCUUCUCCUCAGGACUCCGAGUUUGUGUGUCUGGAGUUUGACGAAGCCAAAGUGAACCAGGUGCUGAAAAAGAUGGCCGACAUCCAGAAGAGUAUCGACAGUGUUGUUCAUGUAAACCCUCAGAGCUGAGUGUUUAAGAGACAGCAGAGGACUGUGAUAUCCCCGCCUACAUUCAGGUGUAUUCUCUCUGCUUUCCUGUCGGGCCUGUUUAACAGCACUGACAGCAGGUGGACAUGUUCAGAUUUGUUUUGAUAGCGUGCAAACGACUACAGGGAUAGUCUGUGCUGUAUAAGAUUAUACACUUGGGCAUAUUUCAUGUGAACCUGAAAACUCGUCUGACUUGCUGAUGGACCAGAAGUUUCUUUAUCAUGAGAACCUGGAGUGCUGGACUGGUAUUGUGUUGUUGUUAUACCUGGAUGAUCCCUCAUAAUACUCUGAUAAGAUAACAGAGUCUCUCUGUCAAUAGCUGCAGAAAAUACAGUACAGGCAUAACAAUCUAACAGCUGUUGCUGAUGAAGAAGCAUUUCACACUUGGAGAAAAAGUCCUGUCACUGCAGGGAUCCUUUCUGUGAUAGUCCCAGAAGCUUGAACUAUGAUCAGAGUUCCUCAUUGGCACAAAUAUAAAGAACAGUGAUAGGUUGAGGGCUGUUUGAGCCCGCAGCCUAUCAGACACACUCACCCCUGGCACAUCACUUCUUUUGGACCUGCAGGAUUAAAAACGCAAGUCAAAUUUAUGUUUGGACAUAAGUGAUGGUAUGAACUGUAAAUCCAGCAGAUUUUCUGUCUCUGUACUUCUGAGGUUUUACUUUCUGAGAUGUUUAAAAAAUUGGACCAAAUCCAACUGUUCAUCAUGAUUAUCUCCUCGGCUUUGUCAUGAAUCAACCGAACACAGUUUACAGCGGUCUAUCACACUUUAUAAGGUCAUGGAGGAGUUGAUAGUGAUGGGUGGAAACGCUUUAGCAGGGCUGAUAAGACUCCACCCUGAAGCAAUUCGCACAGAGUCCCUUCUCCUAUAUGACUGUGGCCUAAACUUAAGUCUAAACAAACACUGAACAAGACCAUACAGUUUAUCACCUGCACCACUUUGACCAGAUUCGUCCCAUUUUUUAGCACUGUUCCCAGCUGCUAUUGGACAAGAGGGGAGGUACACCUGGACGAGGAGACCGCCAAUCAUAGGGCUGAUCAUUUAAAGUCACCAAUGACAAAAAUAUUUGACAUAAAAGAAAAUUCCCAAAAUAUAAAAACAUCUAAUAAAAUAAAAAAAACAUUAAACAAAGAAACUAAAUACUUCAUGAAUUUUGUCUAAUCUUUUGUGCGUAUGAGCGAUUUUUGCUAUAUUUUAGCAUUUUGUGAACAUUUGUUUUUCAUUUCAUUAAUUUUUUGAGGCAAUUAAAAAAUAAGUGCACCAUUUGUAAAAUGUUUUUAUGUUACAUUAAAAAAAUUUUUUGUACAUAUGUCAUUUCUUAGAAAAAAUGUUAUGUUCUUGACCAUUCCUAAAAUGUUUUAGAAUUUUGUGAAACACUUAUUAGUUUUUAAAAUUGAUUUUGCAUUUUA